AUGGCUCUGCCGUCAUGCCAUUGCUUGUACCACUUUAGAGUUUCUAACGGUAAGCUCAGUUGUAUCUUGUAUCAAAGAUCUGGUGACAUGAGCCUUGGCAUUCCAUUUAAUAUCGCCUCAUAUUCACUUUUGACUAUCAUGAUGGCUAAACUUACUAACUUAGAACCUGAGGAAUUCAUUCACUUUGUUGGGUAUACUCAUGUUUAUCUUGACCAUGUUGAGCCACUUAAGGUGAUGCUAAGUAGAGAGCCUCGAGAAUUUCCAACGCUAAAACUUAAAGAUAAGGAAUAUAGAAAGCUUGAGGAUUUUGAAUUGGAAGAUUUUAUUCUCGAGAAUUAUAAUCCGCAUCCUAAAUUUUUUAUGAAAAUGUCUGCUUAA